UUUAAAAGUUCAUAGAUUUCUAAGGUAGCCUUUUAAUUGUCCUUGCUGCUUGGUUUCUCUUGCCGUAUUGGAAUUUUGUUGAUUAUGACAGCAAGUGACACGAAUAUAGUUCUCCCCUCUGAAAUCAUAUAUGAUAUCCUUUUGAAGCUUCAUGUCAAGACUCUCGCCAGAUUCCGCUGCGUCUGCAAAUCAUGGCAAGCUCUGAUCUCCGACCCCAUCUUCAUCGAAUCCCAUCAUCGUCGAUCCAAGCAAAACCCUCUCGUCCUACUUUCCCGCCGCUGUCAUCCCGGCGGAGGCCUCCGCUGGUUCUCCACGCACGGCGAUGCAAAAGAAUUCGUGUCCAUGAAUCCUCAACCUAAUAAUCGCCUUGUCACGUUGCCUACUUAUCUCGAUCUCGUCUGCGUGUAUGACUCUAGCAGAAUCUACCUUUGCAAUCCCUCAAUUGAACAACUAGUCUGUCUGCCCGUAGAAUCUCCAGUAUACAAAUCAUCCUUCCAUCAGCAUCAUGUUGGGCUGGGGUACAUCUCUUCCAUAAAAAAGCACAAACUUCUUCGCAUAAUUAGCCCCGACAGAGACAGUGCUGAACAUGGUAUGGACCGUCACUGUGAGGUCUUCACAGUGGGCGCCAAAAACAGUCGUUGGGGAACAGUAGCGAACCCUCCAUAUAAAAUCGUCGCCCAUGCAGCUUGUGUCGAUGGAGUCAUUUACAUGCUACCACAUUAUCUCGGGCUCCAGCCUUUUAUUCCCAGAGUAUGUUGCUUUGAUCUUGAGAAAGAAAAGUGGUCUGAGCUUCAGACUCCAUGUCAAAUCCAUCCUGAUAAUAUCGUACACAUAUGCUUCGUGAGGAAGGUUGUAGAAGAGUGCCUAUGUUUGGUCGACUUUGGUUUGAGUGCCUUACACCGAAUGGACGUGUGGUUUCUAUCAGACAGAAACAAGAGCUCGUGGGUGAGAGAGUGCCACAUUGACAUUUCCUCGCUGAGUAGCGUUCGACAUGUGAUAAUGUCGGUUUUUCCUCUUGCCGUAGACGAAGAUGGGAGAAUUCUUUUAAGGAACUUAAGUCCUCGUGGAAACGAGUUGUGGUACUAUGACCCAAAGGCAAAAAAAUUUCAAGAGUUUGUACCCUGUAAGAAGCUAGGAGAAUUGUUUUUCGAAAGCUUCUAUGUCGAAAGUUUCAUGUCCUUGAUAGAUAGCGAGACAGUGGCCUAACUAGGGGCGCCGCGUUAUAGUAGCGAGGGAUGUACUAAGAUUUUUAGACUUUUCCAUGAUCUCGUUUGAUCUCUAUUCAUUUUGA